CUCCCCUCUGAUUCUCCCUUCCUCGUUAUUCUGUGUGUUUCUCUGUGUCUCCUGCGCCCAGACCCUAGCUAAACGCUGCACCCCGGGUGAUGGCUCUGGCCAGACUCGCUCUUCUUUGCUUGGCUCUCCAGCGGGCUACCCCCAUCGACUACGACGACAAUCUGUACGAAUAUUUUCCCGACCAAGACGACCCGACAGAUGUCGACUAUAAAGAUCCCUGCAAAGCUGCUGCCUUUCUGGGGGAUAUUGCACUGGACGAAGAAGACCUGAAAUCAUUUAAGGUCGACUGGAUUGUAGAUUUAAAGAAACGUAGAAUCCAGAAGUUCGGGCAUUCUGCAGAUCUGCUAAAUGGUCUGCACUCGAAUGGAACAAGCCCCCCAAAGGACAGUAGAACUAGCCAACCCAGCAGCAACACGCGGAGAGGUGACAGACUCCGGAAUGGCAGAGGAAAGUCCGCUCAGCGGAGAGGGAGAAAGGUCCGGAAGAAUGAGACUCGCAGUCGAAUGCGACGAGCCUCCACCUCCCGGCCCGAGCGAGUCUGGCCUGAGGGUGUGAUUCCUUAUGUGAUUGGAGGAAAUUUCACUGGGAGCCAGAGAGCUAUCUUCAGACAGGCGAUGAGGCAUUGGGAAAAGCAUACCUGUGUCACAUUCUUGGAACGCACAGAUGAAGAGAGCUAUAUUGUUUUCACGUACAGACCCUGUGGCUGCUGCUCUUACGUGGGUCGGAGAGGAGGAGGACCCCAGGCCAUAUCCAUCGGGAAGAACUGCGACAAAUUUGGGAUUGUCGUCCACGAGCUGGGCCACGUCAUUGGAUUUUGGCAUGAGCACACAAGGCCUGACCGAGACCAUCAUGUGACCAUUGUAAGGCAAAACAUCCAGCCAGGGCAAGAGUACAACUUCCUCAAGAUGGAGCCGGAUGAGGUGGACUCACUGGGUGAGACGUAUGACUUCGACAGCAUUAUGCACUACGCCCGGAACACUUUCUCAAGGGGGAUUUUCCUCGACACCAUCCUUCCUCGAUAUGAUGAGAAUGGCGUCCGCCCCCCAAUAGGACAGCGGACACGACUGAGCAAGGGAGACAUCAGCCAGGCCCGCAAGCUGUACAGGUGCCCAGCAUGUGGGGAAACUCUUCAAGACUCCAUGGGAAACUUCUCUUCUCCUGGCUUCCCAAAUGGCUAUUCGUCUUUCACACACUGUGUGUGGAGGAUUUCCGUUACUCCUGGAGAGAAGAUUAUUUUAAACUUCACGGCUAUGGACACAUUCAGGAGCCGGCUGUGCUGGUACGAUUAUGUGGAAGUCCGAGAUGGAUACUGGAAGAAAGCCCCAUUGCGUGGCAGAUUCUGCGGCGAUAAAAUUCCACCAUCUCUGAUCUCGACAGAUAGUCGGCUAUGGAUUGAAUUUCGCAGCAGCAGCAGCUGGGUUGGCAAAGGAUUCUCUGCCAUGUAUGAAGCCAUCUGUGGUGGGGAUAUCAGCAAGGAUCUCGGGCAGAUACAGUCUCCAAACUAUCCUGAUGACUACAGGCCAUCUAAAAUCUGUAUCUGGAGGAUAAAAGUCUCUGACAGUUUCCAUGUGGGACUCACCUUUCAGUCGUUUGAGAUUGAGAGGCACGAUAGCUGUGCGUACGACUAUCUGGAGGUCCGAGAUGGAGGCACUGACGAUAGCCCUCUGAUUGGUCGUUACUGUGGUUAUGACAAGCCUGAUGAUGUCAAGUCAAGCUCCAACAAACUGUGGAUGAAAUUCGUCUCCGAUGGCUCCAUCAACAAAGCAGGCUUCUCCGCAAACUUCUUCAAGGAGGUGGAUGAGUGCUCCCGGCCUGACAAUGGAGGGUGUGAGCAGCGCUGUGUCAACACUCUGGGCAGCUAUAAGUGCGCCUGUGAUCCUGGCUACGAGCUUGCAAACGACAAAAGAAGCUGUGAGGCUGCAUGUGGUGGUUUCCUGACCAAGCUUAAUGGUUCCAUCACCAGCCCAGGGUGGCCCAAGGAAUACCCGCCCAACAAGAACUGCGUCUGGCAAGUGGUGGCACCAACACAGUACCGCAUUUCCCUCCAGUUCGAGUUCUUUGAGAUUGAAGGCAAUGAUGUCUGUAAAUAUGACUAUGUAGAAGUCCGCAGUGGUCUCUCUGCUGACUCCAGGCUUCACGGCAAAUUCUGCGGUGCAGAGAAGCCAGAGGUGAUCACGUCCCAGUACAACAACAUGAGGAUAGAGUUUAAGUCGGACAACACCGUCUCCAAGAAAGGAUUCAAGGCCCACUUCUUCUCUGACAAGGACGAGUGCUCAAAGGAUAAUGGUGGCUGUCAGCACGAGUGUGUCAACACGUUUGGGAGCUACACAUGCCAGUGCCGCAGCGGCUUCAUGCUUCACGAAAAUAAGCAUGAUUGCAAGGAAGCUGGAUGCGAACACAAAAUCAACAGUGUUUCUGGCACCAUCACCAGCCCGAACUGGCCCAAUAAGUACACAAGUCGGAAGGAGUGCACCUGGGAGAUCAUAACCACACCUGGGCACCGGGUUAAACUGGCCUUCAAUGAGUUGGAUAUUGAACAGCACCAGGAAUGUGCCUAUGAUCACCUGGAGCUUUACGAUGGCAAAGACUCAAAGGCGAAAGUUAUUGGCCGAUUCUGUGGCAGUAAAAAGCCAGAGCCCCUGAUCUCCACCUUCAAUAGGAUGUUCAUUAAAUUCUUCUCUGACAACUCUGUGCAAAAAAAAGGCUUUGAAGCCACUCACAGUUCAGAAUGUGGGGGAAAGCUGAAGGCAGAAGUGAAAACCAAGGAUCUAUACUCUCACUCGCAGUUUGGAGAUAACAAUUACCCUGGAGGAGCAGAUUGCCAGUGGGUGGUCCGGGCAGAAGAAGGGUACGGAGUGGAGUUGAUAUUCCAGACCUUCGAGAUUGAGGAGGAAGCAGACUGUGGCUACGAUUACAUGGAGCUGUUCGAUGGCUCAGAUGACACUGCUCCCAGGCUGGGCAGGUUCUGCGGCUCCGGGCCUCCUGAGGAGAUUUAUUCAGCUGGGGAUUCAAUCAUGAUUCGCUUCCAUACGGACGACACCAUUAACAAGAAGGGUUUCCAUGCACGCUACACCAGCACCAAGUUCCAGGACACUCUUCACUUGAGGAAAUGAUCCCUACCCUUGACCAACUGAGAGACUGGAAUUUGCAACUUUCUUUUUUUAAUCGUACUGUAAAAAUUCUCACACGAGGAACAUAGCCAUUUCCAAAAUUUCAGCACUUUAAACGAAAAAAAGCUGAAAUGACUCGAGUGUAUUAUGAUAUGUGAUGCUUCAGUGCAGUGAAUGACUGGGAAUCGCCACGCGACUCAGUAUUGCAGUGUUCUCAAAAAAGGACUCAGUGUUGUGAGAGAUCCCUUUGGGGAAGAUGACCGAAAGCUGUUGUAUGAUCCCCUUUUAAUGGGCAUACCUAAGCUUUCUUUCAAACAACAUGCAAGACGGGUCAAUGCAGCCACCCUCUGUACUUGGCCCCUGGACUUCUGUGAAACUUCUCUCCCUCUCUCUCUCGGACUUCGUUACAUUCAAUUGAUGUCACUUGACCAUGAUCAUGAGCCACGAAGUAGCAGGACAUUAGCCUGCCACACCAAAGGGUGCUGGGCUGGCAGGGGCGGUGUCAAGCUGAAACUAGGCCCUUUCAGGGGCCUCCUGCUGAGCCAGUGUAGUCUAACCUUGCACAUCUGGCCAGAGUACUAUUGGCAGAGGAUUGGGAGCAGGUCAGCUACCUGCUCUCUCUCCACUGGUCAAUGGUGUUUAGCAUGGUGGGGA